GCGUGUGGACUGGAGCCGGGGGUGGGAGCUUUCCAUCGUCCUCGCCUCCCCACGGGCCGCCGGUGCUUAGAGUCAGAGCUCCGUCUGCUCGGGCGGGGAGGACACUCAUAAACGUUGUGAAGCGGAGGAGAAGCAAUCGCACUGCAGCUGAAUAAGAGACGGGGACAGACUGCCCGCCGGCGGCGGCAGACGUUUAAAUGGCCCCUUCGUUUCAAAUCACGAUCCGCGAUUAAAAAAUCUAAAUUAAAACCACCUGAAAAUCUGCAUCUCGCGUCGUCAUGGCAUAGCGGAAGGUACCGAGGAAGCGACAGUCAGUCCCCAUUGUUCUGCUGUUUUGUGGAUUAUCUGGGAAGAAGAGCAGAGGUCCGGCACCGUGCCGGGGCACCGAGAUGGACGCAAACAUGCGCAAAUUCACUGUGCGCCGCUUCUUCUCCGUCUAUCUGCAGAAGAAGUCCAGGUCCAAGAGCUCCAGUCUCUGCAGGUUGGAGGAUGAAAGCAUCGUCAAGGAAAUCGACAUCAGUCAUCACGUCAAAGAGGGCUUUGAGAAAGCGGACCCGUCCCAGUUUGAGCUGCUCAAGGUGCUGGGCCAGGGCUCGUACGGGAAGGUGUUCCUGGUGAGAAAAGUGAAAGGCUCAGACAAGGGUCAGCUCUACGCCAUGAAGGUAUUAAAGAAGGCCACCCUGAAAGUGCGAGACAGAGUGCGAUCAAAGAUGGAGAGAGACAUUCUGGCUGAAGUGAACCAUCCAUUCAUAGUAAAACUCCACUACGCCUUUCAGACAGAAGGGAAGCUCUAUCUCAUCCUGGACUUCUUGCGGGGGGGAGAUCUCUUCACACGGCUCUCCAAGGAGGUAAUGUUCACGGAGGAGGACGUGAAGUUCUACCUGGCUGAGCUGGCCCUAGCGCUGGACCACCUCCACAGCUUGGGCAUCAUCUACCGGGACCUCAAGCCGGAGAACAUCCUCCUGGACGAGGAAGGCCACAUCAAAAUAACCGAUUUUGGCCUGAGCAAAGAGGCAAUCGACCACGACAAGCGGGCCUACUCCUUCUGUGGAACCAUCGAGUACAUGGCCCCUGAAGUGGUGAACAGGAGGGGCCACACGCAAAGCGCAGACUGGUGGUCCUUCGGGGUUCUCAUGUUCGAAAUGCUGACGGGGUCGCUGCCUUUCCAAGGGAAAGACCGCAAGGAGACGAUGGCGCUCAUCCUGAAAGCUAAACUUGGAAUGCCUCAAUUUUUAAGCCCAGAAGUACAAAGUUUGCUACGGGCCCUUUUCAAAAGAAAUCCCAGCAACAGGCUCGGAGCGGGAUCUGACGGUGUGGAGGAGAUUAAGAGGCACCCAUUCUUCACCUCAAUUGACUGGAAUAAACUGUACAGGAAGGAAGUGAAGCCUCCUUUCAAGCCAGCGGUGGGACGGCCAGAGGACACCUUCCACUUCGACCCCGAGUUCACUUCCCGCACGCCUACGGACUCACCGGGCGUGCCCCCCAGCGCCAACGCGCACCAGCUCUUCCGUGGAUUCAGCUUUGUUGCUUCCAACGUGAGCCAGGAGCCCUCGCAGACUGAGCAGGGUGUCAACACUGUCAACCCAAUAGUGCAGCAAUUACAUGGAAACAACAUCCAUUUCACAGACGGUUAUGAGAUAAAGGAGGACGUUGGUGUUGGGGCGUACUCCGUCUGCAAACGCUGCAUCCAUAAAAUCACCAGUGUCGAGUAUGCCGUGAAAAUUAUUGACCGUGCCAAGAAAGAUCCAUCAGAGGAGAUCGAGAUCCUGCUGAGAUACGGGCAGCAUCCUAACAUCAUCACGCUGAAAGAUGUGUAUGACGACGGCAAGUAUGUGUACCUGGUGAUGGAGCUGAUGAGGGGUGGCGAGCUACUGGACCGGAUCCUCCGCCAGAAGUGCUUCUCAGAGCGAGAAGCCAGUGCCGUCCUCUGCACCAUCACGAAGACGGUGGAGUACCUCCACUCGCAGGGGGUCGUCCAUCGAGAUUUAAAGCCCAGCAACAUCCUCUACGUGGAUGAGAUUGGAGACCCUGAGUCCAUCCGAAUCAGCGACUUCGGCUUCGCUAAGCAGCUGCGGGCCGAGAACGGGCUUCUGAUGACACCUUGCUACACCGCCAACUUCGUAGCCCCAGAGGUUCUGAAGAGGCAGGGAUAUGAUGCGGCCUGUGACAUAUGGAGCCUGGGCAUACUGCUGUACACCAUGCUGGCCGGCUUCACCCCAUUCGCCAACGGGCCAGACGACACCCCUGAGGAGAUCCUGGCACGCAUUGGCAGCGGGAAGUACGCCCUUUCGGGUGGCAACUGGGACACGGUGUCAGACGCAGCUAAGGACAUCGUGUCCCGGAUGCUCCACGUGGACCCCCACCAGCGGCUGACGGCCCCCCAGGUGCUGAGACACCCCUGGGUGGUGAACCGAGAGCAGCUGUCCCAGAGUCAGCUCACCAGACAGGACGCGCAGCUUGUUAAGGGAGCGAUGGCUGCCACCUACCUGGCCUUGAACCGUACGCCACAGGCCCCCAAGCUGGAACCCGUGCUGUCCUCCAGUCUGGCCCAGAGGAGAGGCAUGAAGAGGCUCACGUCAACACGCUUGUAGCCCUGCCCUCAACUCGCCAUCACUCUGGACGUCAGGGCUCGUGAGUCUGGGGCCCAUUCAGUGUCUUCUGCUGCGUUCAAGAUAGACAAGAAACUCACAAAAAACACAUAAUAAAGUGAAGGAUCCUUUGUGGGUCGGGGUGCAGAGCACAGCAUCCUACCCAAGCUUCUGAGGGACAUUUCUCACCAAAAACUGUAAGAACAGCCCCCAUUCCCAGUCACACUGAAGAAUUUGUAGCAUUUACUAAAAGUAAUAUAUCUGUGUGGCCCCCUAGUGGAGUAAUGAGGGUUUGACCAGCAACACUGGAAUGCGUAGUUAUUGUCGUUAAACCGGGUGCAGAGGAGACUGUCUGAGGAACACGCGUGUGCUGUGUGUGUUGCAGGUAAAGCCACAACACGUCUCAUUUAUAUGGUUCUAAGGAGCCUUAGGAUUCUACAGUCCCUUCUGAUAUAACCUGCGGUAUAUGCUGCUUAUGACAACAAAUCAAAGUCCUUUUUCGUUAAAGCUAAUCAAAGUAAUAUUAUAUAGCAGUGCUUCUCAUCCUGGCCCUGUGGGACUCCCUGUUGGGCUACAUUGUUCCUACAUCCCAUCUUUCACAAAAACAUGAACCGUCUGGGGUCCCUGAGCAUCAGCUUGAGAAGCAGUGACGUAUAGAGUAUAGUGUACAGUUACUGCAUUAACUACUGAAAUAAACGCAGACAUUUUGCAAAACGUGUUAAGCACAGGAAGUCAGUGUCAGGGAGCGAUCUGGAAAAGUCUGCAUUAGGAAUGGAAGAGUUUCCAAAUUCUUCUCUUGCAGUUACUUUAAGGCAGAAAUAUCUAGGGUGGUAAGUGGCACGGUUUAGUUUGUCUGAUUAGGAAGGCAGGCCCUUGCAUGUUUGUAAGCAGAUAGUCUUUAUGGAUGUACAGUGUAUAUACGCGUUCUUUGGUUUUGAUGAAGUGCACUUUAAGGGUGAUGUCGCCUGUUUUUCAGUUUCACUGCACAUGCCCUGACAGCAUAUCCUGUCACCUUGGCCACAGGGGCGGAGAUGUCAAUGCAUCAAGUUUGUUCUCUCCCCUGUCAGUAAAGAUAUUGACAUUUAAAAAAACUGUUUUUCUUUUUACAAAGGAGAAUGUGUCCUUUUGAAAAAGGAAUUCACCAUGGGUCCAUUUAAUUGUAAAUCUAAUUGCCCCAUAAUUUACACACAGAGACCUGAAACUGUUUUCAGUAUGACACGAAUGAUUCAGUAAGCCUGUGGAAUGUCAAGGGGUGCUGUGUGUGUGAUUUUUUUUUUAAAGAAAGUGACCUUCCACCUCCAUUGACUGAUCUAAACCAACCCUUCAAACCCAACAGGUUGGGGGGGGGGAACAGAAAACAAAUAAAGGAAUUAAAUGAGAAAAUGCUAAAAGAUGUGGCAAUAUAGAUAAAUGCACCAUUUUGUGCAUGUAAGUAUAUGAACUAAUGCACAUAGAUUUGUAAUGUUUCAGAGAAAUAUUUCAGAAAAAAAUUGUGAUUAUUACAGAGGAUAUUGAGUUUCAGUUCAAAAAGCAUUUACUUCCAAAGCUGUCUAUCCAGGAGUAGUUUCAGGAAACACUUUUGUAUUGAUCUUAUUUAUUAAAAUAAAUUGUAUUUUUUAAAUGAGGCAACAGGACCGUGGUGAAAACCAACUGAAAACCAGCAACCCAAAUGCCUGUGACAAGCUGCGCAUCUGCUGUGAUCUUUCACUGUUUCUCUUCUCUGACGGGAAUUUCUUUCGUACAUCUCAGUCCUUAGAGACGGCUCAUGUUUGACGACUGUGCAGUCCUACUCUUAUUAUUGUGUUUGUCCAAGGAUUUGUGCAUGAGAUUAGGUUAUCUGGGACACUAAGCAGCGCCAGACUUUUUCACCUCUGCAGUACUGUCCCGUCUAUUUGCCAGUUUAAGGAUCGCCACGUUGGUCCCAGAUACUGUGAUGCAUUCUAAAUGAUAAAACAUUACUGGUUAAUUGUUGACAGAAGUCAAUGGAGUCACAUGGGUUGAGGUGUGCUAAAGCCUUAAAAGUUUCCACUUGAAGUCUGUAAAGCUUUAUAAAUGCACUUGCAAUAAGGAUGUCCAAAAUGAUGUCUAUUCCUCCCAAUAAGGAGCUUGAAAACAAUGUCUGUUCCUCCUAAAAAGGAUGAAGCAAUGUCUGCUGCACACAGCUCAUAUGAGUCAAUCUUUUGCUGUAUUAUUUAGUUACGUUUGUCAUCCUGUAGUUUUAAUGGAUCUGCAUCUAUGUAGUGGUGUAAGAAACAUGGUUCCUUUUCACCGAGUCUCACAAACUCCACAAUUUUAUAUAAAAAAUUAAUAAGUCUGACAUUAAUAGGAGCUCAGAUACAACACAGCACUGUGAAAAUCAGAGCAGAGAUUUUUCUAUUUUUCGAAUGCAGAAGACCUAGUCUGUCCUCGAGCUGUCACAACAGACCACCUCCAGCAGGGGGCUCCUCGGAGCAGCACUGGCAUUUUCGUGGGUGCCACCGUAGGUGUCAUGUACCUCUCCGCACGCUGGCCGCGACCUGCAUCUGGGAGUCUGCAAACCACUGCAGAGCAACAUAUCCUGACAAGACAGCGCCCUUCCACUGAACACUCGCAGUUCCCAUGUCGAUGCGAAGCUAUGGCAACGCUCCCCCAUCAUCCCGGCGUUACGCACUGCCAUUCGUAAAAAGAAACUUUACGUGGUUGUCGGCCUGUAAAUGUUGAAUCUGCUUUGUACUGGUUUGGCAUGCCAAAUGCGUUUAUAAAUAAAUAAGUGAAUAAAA